AAUAAAGUUUUUAUUUUAAUAACCUUAUUUCAGCAAUAUAAAUUAUAUUUAAAAUGUAAACAACUAAAUUGUUUUCAUUUAUAAAAUUGAAAAAUAGAUUUAAGCCGGCUCUUAUAAUAAAAUUGUAUAAUAUAUAAAUAUUGUGGGCAAGAGUGUAUUAGUUAUAAGUGAAAUGGAAAACAAUGUUGUACAUAACUUGCGUGAAUGGGCACCUUUAACAGUUCUGGAAAAAAUUCCUACAAGCGUAUUGCACGGUUUUUUUCCCAAUGAUUUGAACAUUACUUGCAUAGAUGCAAUUUCAGAAUUUCUGGCACUAGGCACUGAUGAUGGUUUAAUUUUUUGGUAUAAUCGAAAUAAUUCGGAAUUUCAAAGAUUGCGAAUAGAAGUUUCCUCGCCUAUUACAUGCAUAAAAAUUGUAUCUUCAGUUGAAUAUAUGAUAGCUUCUGGAACCCGAAACGAUCAAGUCACAAUUUUCCAAAUACAAAAGGAAAUUCCUCCAGACUUGAAAUUGUCUGCUCCUAUAGCUAGAUCAAAACCUAUUCAAAGAUAUACAGUUAAAGAUUUACACAAAGCAUCAAUUACAUGCUUGGAAUGGUCAAAAAACGGGAUGAAGUUGUUUUCAGCUGAUAAAAGUGGCAUUGUAGUUUUGACAGAAUUUGAUUACCAAAAUAAUGCCGCAAAAUCUACUGAAAUAUUAAAUGAACGAUAUAGCGUCAUUCAACUGAGUUUAUUUCAAUCUUAUUUAUUAGUUUCCACUCUUCAAAGAGCUGUCGUGUGUGAGGUGGACAGAUCAAAAAACAGUAGUGAAUGGCGGAUUUCACAAAUUGGUAAAACGGAUCGAAAAGCUUUAGGUGAAUUUGGUGCUGCCUUUAAGGUCGAAGACUUGAAGCCUCCAAACAUCAUAGCUUGCCGUCCUGGGUUUCGAUUUUGGUUAGCCAAUUGCGAGGGAAUCGUUGAAAAAACAUUUAUUUUUAAGGAUGCCCCAUUAAUAAGACCUACAUGGGAAAUUCCGCUUUUGAAUCCUAAUCGAAAAAGCACAAAUAUUCGUUUGAAAAAUUUUACACGAAUUUAUCCAUAUUUAAAAAAAUUUUUUAUUACCAAUGACGACGUUUCUCUAUAUAUUUUAAAUUUAGAAGAAUUGAAAAUUGAAGCAAUUGCAAGAAACUUUAGAAAUAUUGUAGAUUAUGCUAUUUGUGGUAACGAAAUAUUUGUGCUUGAAGGUGGUAGAAGUUUAAUUCGCCUAAGUAACAAACCAGAACCCCCAAAUCACAAAGCUACUAUCAUUUUUAACCCACUCCUUCCACCACCAAUUCCUCAUAUGGGUAUAUUUGAAGCUCCAAUUGAGUUCACCGAAGAUGAAAAUAUAAUAGGCGCAGAAGAAUGUUUUGAACUACCACCAAUGGAACCAAUAAAUUUAGACAUUCAAAUACAAACUCAUAUUAAUUCACCUGAUACUGAAACUAAAAAAUUAGUAGAAGAAAAUCACAAGAGAAUUGAAAUUUUACAAAAAAUAGGCCAGGAAGCUUUUGAAAAAGAAAUUCUUUUUCAGAGUGCAAAAAAGAAUAAAAUGAUUUCAAAUCAGAAAACGAAGAAAAGUAAAUUAAAUAACGCAGAAGGAAUAAUAGAAAUUGGUUGUACAGCUAUGGAAAUAUUUAAAAAAGAAGACCCUAAUUUAGCUACCUUAAUAAAUAAUUCUAAAAAAGAAGUUGUGGAAUACGAUGAGAAGCCAAAAGAAAAUUUAUGGUUUGACACAAUGACACAAAUAAACGAUGAUUAUAUAGAAAAUUUAAAAAGUGAACAAACCGCAAAUAGUAUUGAUGAAAUUUCAGAACUAGCUUUAGAAAAGCCAUUACUUCAAAGGGAUGAGCCUAAAUUACAGUUACCCCAGUGGCCACCACUAAAUUAUCCUAUUUCAACAUUAAAUAUGGAUCCGACAGUUUCUUCUGAUUGUUUAACAAAUGAAUCUGUAAGAUUGGUAACUGAAAAAAUUGAGUUAUUAGAAAAUGAACAUGAUAGUGAUGAAACAUCAGUAAAUAUAAAUAAUGAAUUGUCCUUGAUCCAGUCAGAUAAAAUUACUAGUACGCAAGACUUAAAGAUUGAUCAAAAUGUUCAAAUAACAAACCUAAACAAUUUACCAGCACAAUUAGGAGGAAGAGGUAACCUGGUAGAAAUUAACAAAGAUAUGCUUGAUGAUUUGAAAAUUCCCCCAAUUUUUAAUUCCCAAAAUGAAAACUUCCAAAAUCAGUUUGAUACAGGAGGUUCAGAUUCUAAUGGAUCGCAUAGUGAAUGGGAAUUUGUUAAUGAUGGUAAUAAGAAUGUUGAUUCUGGUGUUAAAAAUAUUAAUAAUUGAAAAUUUUGUUCAAUUAUAUACACAUGUAGAAAAGUUUAUGCUAUUUAAACUCUAUUAAAAUAUGCUAAUUUUUUAGAUUUUUUUUGUUUUUAUAAAAUAUUUGAAUUUCUCAUAGAAAAGCUUCUGGUAAUUUAAAUAAUAAUUAUUAAAAAAUAAAAAUAUUUUUCGUUAUAAGAUUUGUAGAUCACUAGAAUGUUAUGUAUAAUUAAUACUAUAUAUGCUAAAUGGAUUUUAGUAUACUAUUUAAAAGUAUGAUAUUGAUAAGUUAGGGCAUUUAAAGCAUUUUCUAAUUGCGUAUACAUAU